CUAAAGCUUAAGGAGAGUGGAAAGAGUGAAAAGAAGCACUCCCUCUAUUUAUUUAUAGACUACUCAUCCACUCAUCCAUUGCUUCUUCCUCCCACACCAACACCACCAAAACUAUAACAAUGGCUUCCGAGAAGGUUGAGACUGUUAUAGCCGGAAACUACGUCGAAAUGGAAAGGGAACAGAGUGAUGCCCAGACAAGUGCUAAGAGCAAGCUAUCAACAUUUCUUUGGCAUGGUGGCUCAGCAUAUGAUGCAUGGUUUAGCUGCGCUUCUAACCAGGUUGCUCAAGUGCUUCUCACACUGCCAUACUCAUUUUCCCAACUGGGUUUGUUAUCUGGAAUACUAUUUCAGCUUUUUUAUGGAUUGAUGGGAAGCUGGACUGCUUACCUCAUCAGUUUACUAUAUGUCGAGUACAGAACUAGAAAGGAGAGAGAAAAGGUGGAUUUUAGGAACCAUGUAAUUCAGUGGUUUGAAGUUCUUGAUGGGCUUUUGGGAAAACAUUGGAGGAAUGUAGGCCUUUUUUUCAACUGCACUUUUCUUCUCUUUGGAUCUGUAAUUCAGUUAAUUGCCUGUGCAAGUAACAUCUACUACAUAAACGACAAUCUCGACAAGAGAACUUGGACUUACAUCUUUGGAGCUUGCUGUGCUACAACUGUCUUCAUCCCCUCAUUCCAUAAUUACCGAAUUUGGUCAUUUUUGGGCCUUAUUAUGACUACUUACACUGCUUGGUAUCUCACCAUUGCUUCCCUUAUCCAUGGGCAGGUUGAGGGAGUGAAGCACUCUGGUCCAAGCACAAUGGUUCUAUACUUUACUGGGGCUACCAACAUUCUCUACACAUUUGGUGGACAUGCUGUUACAGUGGAAAUUAUGCAUGCAAUGUGGAAGCCACAAAAGUUCAAGUUAAUAUACUUGAUGGCAACACUGUAUGUGCUGACCUUAACCCUACCAUCUGCGUCUGCUGUGUACUGGGCUUUCGGGGACAAUCUCUUGACUCAUUCCAAUGCCCUAGCCAUGCUUCCAAAGACUAGGUUUAGAGACACUGCAGUAGUCCUAAUGCUCAUUCAUCAGUUUAUCACAUUUGGAUUUGCUUGCACUCCUUUGUACUUUGUGUGGGAGAAAUUCAUUCAAAUGCAUGAGACCAAGAGCAUGGUGAAGAGGGCACUGGCGAGGCUCCCAGUGGUGAUCCCGAUAUGGUUCCUUGCCAUCAUUUUCCCAUUCUUUGGGCCCAUCAACUCAACUGUUGGAUCUCUUCUUGUCAGCUUUACUGUCUACAUAAUUCCUGCUUUAGCUCACAUGGUCACCUUUGCUUCUGCAUCUGCUAGAGAGAAUGCUGUGGAGAAACCACCAUCAUUCUUAGGAGGCUGGGCAGGAUCAUACACCAUGAACAUCUUUGUGGUGGUAUGGGUUUUGAUAGUGGGAUUUGGGUUUGGAGGAUGGGCAAGCAUGCUCAACUUCAUAAACCAAGUUAACACAUUUGGUCUAUUCACAAAGUGCUACCAAUGCCCCCCUCACAAAGCUUGAGUAGUAGAUUCCCCUACUUUUUCCAAAAGUUUUUUAACAAUCUUAAGAUACAUAUGUAAGUGUGUGUAAAGAGAUUGGCAUUUGCAACCCUUUCUUUUCUUUUCUUUUUUCCUUACUUGAUUUGUAUUAUUAUUAUUUUUAUAUAUUUUAGCUAUUUUGUGAGACCUAUUGUUGAUGGCUUUUUCAGAAAAGGUGUGAUGGCAAUUAUCAUGGCCACCCGUAUACAGACCCUACAGUUGUACCCUUAUGUGUUGAUUAAUUAAUCUUCUUUUAAUUAACAAA